AUGUUUCUUCCAUUUUUUAUUUUCUUUUUCAUUUUCGAUCAAGCAUCGAAUGGUACGAUCCAGAGAAAAUUAUCCUGUUCUUCUGUUUGGCCAUAUUGGCUCUCUGGACAUUUGCCUUUCUUUUCUUUCAAUCACUUUCCUGAUCUUACAAUAAAUGUUCGUUUUUCCUACAAUUUCCCGUCAUUUACAUCUAUCUAUCUAUCUAUCUAUCUAUCUAUCUAUCUAUCUAUCUAUCUAUCUAUCUAUCUAUCUAUCUGUGGAUCUGGUUAUGUAAAUUUACAUCUAUCUCAUCUUCCGAUCGUUUGUUCUUUUCUAUCUAUCUAUCUAUCUAUCUAUCUAUCUAUCUAUCUAUCUAUCUAUCUAUCUAGUUAUGAAAAUAUAAAUCUAUCUAUCUAUCUAUCUAUGAUUUUGUUCUUUUCCAUCUUUUUAUCAUCCCGUUUUUCUUUCUAUCUAUCUAUCUAUCUAUCUAUCUAUCUAUCUAUCUAUCUAUCUAUUCGAUAUCUAUCUAUCUAUCUAUCUAUCUAUCUAUCUAUCUAUGGAUCUGGUUAUGAAAUUUGCAUCUAUCUAUCUAUCUAUCUAUCUAUCUAUCUAUCUAUCCAUCAUCUAUCUAUCUAG